AAAUCUGUAUGGGACUUAUCUUCGGUUCAACGUAAAAAGCUACAUUUCAAUUCAAAGUUAACCGUCAAAUGCUUCAAAACAUUUGCAGCUUUUAACAGCUGACGAGUGAAAGCUUUUUUGCUUGUGUAUUUAAAGCUUAUUUUGUGGAUGUUAACUGUCGCUUUCAAGUUCAAGUGUUGACAGUUCAGCCAUGAAAAUAAUGUUAGGCAAAUAAACGAUAGAUCGAAAUAAAAAGAAAACAAAUAGCUAAAGAAACAACUGGUUUUUGAUUAUUGUUUUUGACUUACACACCAAGUACGCACCGCUACUUGACAAACAUUUGGUUGUAGCUAUUGUUUUUUAACCCAAAUUAGAAACAAAACAAACAGCAGCCGUAAGUUAAAGCCAACUAACAAUUGAAAGCCGCAGUUAGACGCGAUGAGCCGCUCAUUGAAGUUCAGUCUGCCGCCAGAGCAAUGCGCAGCGGAUCUAGUGGAGAUUAAUUUGAAUACUGUGGGCUAUGGACAAACCAAGCAGCAGUCAGCGCAUGCAUUGGAUGAGCUGCUAGCACCGCAAUCCCAGCUGCCGCUGCAUCGCGGCUAUCCCUAUGGUUACACCGAUGCAGAAUCCGAUGCUGAGCUUUACUUUUGCAAAAAGUCCAAUUCAACGGGAGAGCUGGCUGAGAAGGUAGCAGCGCCAACAGCACCGGCUGCUGCCAACAUAAGCUGCUUGCGUCAAAUGUAUUGUCCUGCCUGCCACGAGCGGCUGCAUGAACAGGGCGUGCGUCUGGAGCGGCUUUUAACGCUUUGCUGCUUUGCCUUGCUGCCUGUCUAUCCGUGUUGCAUGCGUCGCUCCAAUGAUGACUGCAAGGUUAUUUGUGGCAAGUGCGGCUAUUCACUUGGCGCCUGGAAGCGGCAAUGAGGCAACGUAUACUUGAUUUAUGUUUUUAAAACUUAUUUGUUUUGUUGUUUUUUGUUUUUAUUUUUAUACAUAAAUGUUACACGUGCGGCUAAGCGCUUUACAC